UGCCUUUCGGCCCUUCCUCCCGGUGAGCCUCGUGCCGGUGCACGCUGAGCUCCUCUCGGCUCCCGGCAGCUUCUGCUCUCAGAACUCUUCCCCGCCUCUUCUGUCUCCUCCCGUGUGCUUCGUGGCGCCGAAGAACCGAAGAGCAGCCCGGCCCCGCGUGAAGCCGACUCGAGAAGUUCCCCCGGUACCGCCGCCGCCGCAGCAGCAGCAGCAGCAGCAGCAGCAGCCGCCAUCAUGGUGAACGUGCCCAAGACCCGGCGCACCUACUGCAAGAAGUGCGGCAAGCACCAGCCGCACAAGGUGACGCAGUACAAGAAGGGCAAGGACUCUCUGUACGCGCAGGGCAAGCGGCGCUACGACCGCAAGCAGAGCGGCUACGGGGGCCAGACCAAGCCCAUCUUCCGUAAGAAGGCCAAGACCACCAAGAAGAUCGUGCUGAGGCUCGAGUGCGUGGAGCCCAACUGCAGGUCCAAGAGGAUGCUGGCCAUCAAGCGCUGCAAGCACUUCGAGCUGGGAGGAGACAAGAAGAGGAAGGGGCAAGUGAUCCAGUUCUGAGCUGCCUCCGGCGCGCGCCCUGGCUCCCGGGAGAUAAACGAUUAAAAUAUUGAAGCUCCAGCAUA